AUGGCUUCCGCUCCCCGCGUCGCGAGGUUAUGCGCCGCCGCCUGCAGACGAGCGGUACCUCAAUUGGCACAGCACCGCGUGAUGACCAUGGCCGGCCCAAGGGCUGCUGUCGCAUUCAGCACGAGCACGAUGCGUGCCGCCGAGCGAACUUUUGACGGUGACGAAGGUGGCGAGAGCGCGCCUGUUGAAUUGAAGGAGCUCGACAAGGCCUUUAUGGACCGCGCCACCCCAGAGGGCUUGAGGCAGCUCGACCAGCUCGCCAAGCUCAACGGCCACAACAGCAUCGAGGCGUACCUCGACGACAAAUUACGCUACACGGCGGGCUUUUCGACGCAAGACAAACUACUCACAGACGAAUUGGUCGUUGAAGACUCUCCGGCCAAACCUGACUACAAGGCGUUUUGGUACGACGAAGACGACCCAGACACCUUUUCCGAGGAGCACGACGAAUUCAAGGAGGACGACAUGAUGUCCAUGGCACACAACAAGCUGAAAGAAAUCCGCGAGAUGCGACAGUAUACGAGACUGGCCGUUUGGGAGAUGCCACUUCUCUCGAAACUCGCCAAGCCCUUUGAACUCCCCAAAGAAGACCACGUACUGCGGUGGCGAUACACGACAUACAUGGGCGAAGCGCACCCGGCCGAGAGCAAGGUCGUGGUGCAGUUUGCGCCGCAGGACCUGGGCCUGACGGAGGUGCAGACGGACAAGCUGCGCAAGCUGGCGGGCGCGCGCCUCAACCCCGAGACGGACGUGAUCAAGAUGAGCAGCGGCCGCUUCGAGCACCAGGCGCAAAACAAGCGGUACCUGCAGCAGCUGGUGGGCGCGCUCGUGGCCGAGGCCAAGGACCCACGGGAUACCUUUGCGGACGUGGCCCUCGACACGCGCCACCACUACCGCGCGACCAAGGCGGGCAAGAAGUCGAAGCCCAAGUUUCCCGCCGCGUGGCGCAUGACGGCGAAGCGUCGGACGGAGCUGGCCGAGCUGCGCGCGCAGGCCGGCCGCGCGGAGGCGCAGCGGCUCGAUGAGGGCCGCGUCGUCGACGGGCAGCAAAAGAUUGACGGGUACCUGAUGCAGAGGCUGGCGGAGGAGCAGGCAAAGGCGGCUGCUGAGCCGGUGCCUGUUCCUGCGGGUCGCGGUCCGGCCCGCGCGAGGAGAUGA